UAUUUCGAAUAUAAUUAUUUUAAUAUGUCAAAUAUGCCGAUUUCUAAAAUAAAUAAAUUAUCGCAAUUAUUUCAACCGGUUACUGCUACGAUUGCUACUGCGAAACAAACAGAAAUACGUUCAAGAAGUUACGAAAAUUUACUUAAAUAUGGUUUGAUUAAACAAGUUACAACUGGUAUGUAUGCAAUUUUACCUUUAGGUUUACGUAUCUUUAAUAAACUGACAGCACUUGUUGAUAAUGAAAUGCAAAAAAUUGGAGCUCAAAAAUUAUUACUACCAGCUUUGAUACCUACACAUUUAUGGAAGAAAACAGAUAGAUUUAAUAACGUAACUGAAUUAUUUAAAAUACAAGAUCGAGCUCAAAGACAAUAUAUACUAAGUCCAACGCAUGAAGAAUCAAUUUGUUCUAUAUUAUCAACUAUAGGAAUAUUAUCACCAAAAAUGUUACCAUUAAAAUUAUAUCAAAUUUCGAAUAAAUGGAGAGAUGAAAUGAAACCAAGACUUGGAUUUUUAAGAAGUAGAGAAUUUAUAAUGAAAGAUUUAUAUACAUUUGAUAUAAAUUUAAAUAAUGCACAAGAAACAUAUGCUUUGGUAUGCAAUGCUUAUGAAAACAUAUUUAAGAAGAUAGGAAUAAUGUAUAUAAAAACUAUUGGUGAUCCAGGAUUAAUUGGAGGUUCAAUAUCUCAUGAAUAUCAUUAUGUAAGUGAUAUAGGUGAAGAUAUUGUUUGUAUAUGUCCAUCUUGUCAAUAUAGUAUUAAUAAAACAAUAUGCAAAGACUCAUAUUGUCCUAAAUGUAAGAAUGCAUUUAAUGAAAAAACUACUGCAGAGGUGGGUCAUACAUUUUUAUUAAAUACAAAAUAUACAAUACCUUUAGAAGUAAAAAUAAAAAUAAAUAAUAAAUCAAUACCUUUAGUAAUGGGUUGUUUUGGACUUGGUUUAAGUCGCAUUUUUACAGUUAUGACUGAAUUAUUAUCUACCAAAGAUGAAUUAAGAUGGCCAAAAAAUUUAGCACCAUAUACUGUAUGUCUUAUACCACCAAAGGCAGGAAGCAAAGAAGAAAAUAAAAGUCAAUAUAUAAAAGAAGUAAUGGAAAUUUUAAAUCAAUUAAAUAUUGAUACUAUACUUGAUGAUAGAACAGACUUAACUAUUGGAAAACGUUUUAUGCAUGCUCGCAUAACUGGAUUUCCAUAUGUUAUUAUAAUUGGUAAAUCCAUAAUGAAUUUUCCACCUUUAAUUGAAAUUCAUAAUAUAAAUAAUUCAACAAAUUGUGAAAUAUCUUUAAAUGAUAUACCUAAUUAUUUUAACAAUGAAGAUAUCAAACUUUAAAAUAAAAUAAUAUAUAUAGUAUAGUGUUAUAAAAAAAUGUUUUUUAACAAAAAAAAUUAUUUAAGUAAUAUUUAUUUUUUAUUAUGUAAAAGAAUAUUAAUGUUGAAAUAUUAAUGUUCUAAUUUAACUUUAAUUUUGUGAUAUGCAUUACAAAGAAAACCUCGUAGAUUCCAAAUAUUUUUGAUAUUUUCUGGUUGGACAUUGUAUGAUGCAUCUACAGCUUUUGUCCAUAUCUCCAUUUCUUUUAAUUCUUUCUUGACAGGGAGAUCUAUACUCCAUAAUGUCCAGCUCCAAUAUCGACCUACUUUAGCAUUAUUAUCCUCAGCAUCUAAAUUAGCUGUAUACCAAGUUUCACCUUGAUCAUUUGUUACAUCAACUCGAAUAAUUUUCCGACCUCCUCCUGACCAUGCAUAUCCUAUAAAAAUAAUUUGAUUAAUUAUAAUCUUAUUAUAAAGAUUUUACUAUCAUAGAAAAGUGAAAUCUUAAAAAUUAUUUCAUAUUUUCAAAUUUUUCAAAUUACCUUUCACAUUUAUUUUUCCAUUUAUUACUUUAAUUAUUUCAGAUUGUUCUGGUUUGCAAAUUGCAGAAAUUACAGGCAUUUCUUGUAUAGCAGGUGCCUUAGAAAAAUCUACAUUAUCCCAAUCAGUAUUGGGAGAAAAGACUUUAUAGUCAUUUUGUUGCCAUUGUGAUUGACUUUCUUUUUUUGAAACUAUUAUUUUAGCUGUAGAAAUUAAAACAAAAUUUAAUCAAAUAAUUAAUUAUUGCACACUUAAUUAUAAUAUUUGAUACCAAAUACCAAGCCAUUUUACAUUCCUGGCUCCGACAACACCUGGAACAAUUACUCUAAUGGGAAAUCCAUGAUCUCUUGGUAUAGGUUGUUCAUUCAUUUCAUAAGCUAAAAUUAUAUCUGCUCUGGAAUCCAUUGCUUUACUAAUAGGUAUACUUGCACCAUAUGGUGUACCAGAAGGAUCUAAGUCAUAUCCUUCAAACUUGUUCCAUGAAAUUAUUAUAUGUCUAUUUUUAACAUUUAAAAAAAAUUUUAUUUUUUGCUAUUUAUUAUUUCUGCAUUAAUACCUGUAUAUGAUUGUAAUCAUCUUCUUUAAUUUUUAAAUCUUUUAAUAUAUCACAUAAUCUUGUACCAGUCCAUGUAGCAUUACCAACAGCACCUAUACCCCAAUUAAGUCCUUUUAAUUGUUUUUCCUAUAAAAGAUAAAAAAAAUGAGAUAAUUAAUAAAAAAGAAUAAUUUUAUAUUUUUGGAAUUUUUUUUUAGAAUAUGUUAUAAAAUAAAAAAAAUAUAUUAAUUUA